AUGGUAGUAUCUCUUCAGAAACAAUUAAUAUUUCAGUUUAUAAUCAUUGAUGUAAUAGCCACAGUUUCUUCAACACACGGUGGCGGCGGAGGUGGCUCCUCGGGGCAAGCAGGUUGCGCUUCGACACAAGCAGCUGCUGCUGGGAACAGUAUUGUAGGAGUUGGGAUGCUGUUAGGUGGUGCAGCAAGUGGUGGUGCUGGCGGUCCCCAUUUUUGCGGUGGUGCGGCUACUGGUGGUGUUGUUGGCUGCCAAUUUUGCGGUGGUGCAGCAAGUGGUGAUGGUGUUUGUGGCUGCCAACUUUGGGGUGGUGCAGCAAGUGGUGGAGCUGUUGGUGGUUGCAAAUUUUGUGGUGGUGCAGCAAGUGGCGGUGCUGGUGGUGGCCAUUUCUGUGGUGGUGCAGCAAGUGGUGAUCUUGGUGGUGGCGCUGCAAGUGGAGAUGGUGUUGCUGGUUGCCAUUUUUGUGGUGGUGCAGCAAGUGGUGAUGUUGUUGGUGGUGUUGCUGCAACAGGAGGUGGUGAUGUUGGUGGUGCUGUUGGUGGUUGCCAUUUUGGUGGUGGUGCUGGAAGUGGUGGUUGCGAUGUUGGUGGUGUUGCUGCAACAGGAGGUGGUGAUGUUGGUGGUGUUGCUGCAACAAGAGGUGGUGAUGUUGGUGGUCCGCUAGUUGGUGGUUGCCAUUUUUGUGGUGGUGAUGUUGGUGGUGGUUCGCUAGUUGGUGGUGCUGUUGGUGGUUGCCAUUUUGGUGGGGGUGCUGGAAGUGGUGGUGGUGGUGGUGGUGGUCUACUAGUCGGUGGUGUUGUUGGUCUUGGUGGUUGCAACUUUGGUGGCGGUCCACUAGUUGGUGGUGGUGGAAUAGGUGAUUGUGGUGGAACCGGACCACCACUAGGGUUUGGUGGCGAAGCAACAGGAGGUGGUUGCGAUGUUGGUGGUGUUGCAGCAAGUGGUGGUGAUGUCGGUGGUGUUGCAGCAAGUGGUGGUGAUGUUGGUGGUGGUCCGCUAGUUGGUGGUGGUGUUUGUGUUGGUGGUUGCCAUUUUGAUGGUGGUGCUGGAAGUGGUGAUGUUGGCGGUGGUGCACUAGUCAGUGGUGGUGUUGGUGUUGGUGGUUUCCAUUUCGGUGGUGGUCCACUAGUUGGUGGUGGUGUUGGUGGUGGCAAGUUAUGUGGUGGCGGAGUGGGUGAUUGUGGUGGAACCGGACCACCACUAGGGGUUGGUGGCGAAGCAAGGGGAGGUGGCGGUGGUGGCGGAGUACAUGCAGGUGGAGGUGGUGGCGGCGGCGGCUGUGCCGUGAUACAUGCUGGUGGAGGUGGGGUCUGUGGUGGUGGUGGAGAAUAG